AAGCAAUGUGAGAAAAAUGUAGUUAGUCUGUGGGACGUGUUUCUAUUGGUGUACUACAGCAAGAUGUGCAGUGUCUGUCUCCUGGCUGUGCAAGUUCUUGUUCUGAAAAUCUCUGGUCAUGCUGGAUGUGGGGAAAUGGCCGAUAUUUGCUCUGAUUUCACAGGAAGAACUCCGGUUAAUUUCUCAAGCUUGUGUUUUUGGCAGUGCUGGUAAUGAAGGCUUGUAUGUUACAGAAAAUGAUGAAGUGUUUGUGCUGGGAACCAACUGUAGUGGAUGCCUGGGUACAGGUGAUACUCAGAACUGCCUUACCCCCAAAAGACUGGAUUCCUUAUGUGGGAAGAAGAUUAUUAGUAUGAGCUAUGGAAGCGGGCCACAUGUUAUCAUUGCCACUGCAGAUGGAGAGGUCUUCACUUGGGGCCAUAAUGGUUAUAGUCAGUUGGGCAAUGGAACAUGCACUCAGGGACUGUCUCCCUGUCUGGUCUCCACUAACCUCCUUAACAAGAAAGUGAUUGAAGUAGCCUCAGGUGCCCAUCAUUCCAUGGUGUUAACAUCAGAUGGAGAGGUUUAUGCAUGGGGGUAUAAUAAUUCAGGACAAGUUGGAUCUGGAUCUACAGCCAACCAGCCUACACCACGAAAAGUGACCAGUUCUAUACAGAACAAGAUGGUUGUGAAUAUUGCAUGUGGUCAGAUGUGUUCAGUGGCAGUGAUGGACAAUGGGGAGGUAUAUGUUUGGGGUUACAAUGGCAAUGGACAGCUAGGACUGGGUAGCAAUGGCAACCAACCAACUCCCUGCAGAGUAGCAGCGUUACAAGGUGUCCAUGUGUGUCAGGUUGUCUGCGGCUAUGCACAUACAAUGGCGUUAACCACUGAUGGCUCAAUAUAUGCUUGGGGUGCAAAUGCAUAUGGACAGCUGGGCACUGGCAACAGAAGUAAUCAGUCAUACCCAGUAAAUGUUCAACUACCAAAGGAAAGAAUUAUAGAGAUUGCUGCGUGUCACUCAUCUCACACUUCUGCAGCAAAGUCACAGAGUGCCCAAGUUUUUAUGUGGGGUCAGUGCCGGGGGCAAUCUGUCAUUGCCCCUCAUCUUACCUACUUCACUUGCACAGAUGAUGUCUUUGGCUGUGUCUCUACUCCUGCUGUUAUGUGGCGUCUCCUGACUCUUGAGCUUGAAGACCAUUUAACAGUAGCCCAGUCACUGAAAAAACAGUUUGAUAAUCCUGAAACUGCUGACUUGAAAAUUCUUGUGGAUGGGAAGCACAUUCAUGUUCACAAAGCACUUCUAAGGAUCAGGUGUGAGCCAUUUCGUUCCAUAUUAAGUAACUUUAAUGAGGAAGUACUGGAAAUUAACACUUUUUCCUAUCCAGUAUACCGGGCCUUCUUGGAGUACCUGUACACAGACAAUAUCAGCCUUCCGCCAGAAGAUGCAGUAGGACUGCUGGAUCUGGCAACAUUUUACAAAGUGAACCGGCUGAAAAGGCUUUGCCAACAGACUAUCAAGCAGGGGAUAUCUGUGGAGAAUGCCAUUAUUCUCUUAGCAGCAGCAGUUAAGUAUGAAGCAGAGGAUUUGGAAGAAUUUUGCUUCAGGUUCUGCGUCAACCAUAUGACUUUAGUUACACAAACAGAGGCCUUUCUCCAGAUGGACAAUGAUCUUCUCAAGAGUUUUAUUAACAAAGCAAGCAAAGCUGGAGCAUUCAAGAACUGAAGUCAGUUCUGACAUAAAGAGCCAACCAACUACUUGUAGAAGGACAUGACACUUUUUUGGAUUGCUUGUCCAAGAUUUCAGAAUUGAUGACAAUAGGUUAGAUGGUUUCCCGAGAAUGUAGAACUGAAAAGCUGCUUACAAAGACUUUUCUUGUUGAAGUAAACCUACAGAGAUACUGGCAUAUUAAUCACUGGUGUGAUGGUUUGGGCCUUGUAGUUACAAAAGGGUAUGUAAGCCGACCCCUGUACUAAGCCUAGAUAAAGUGCAGUAGUGACACCUAUUGGUUUUUAGGUGGAGGGGUCUUGGUAGCGCAGAGUUACAUACUUGCUGACCUUGUCAGGAAGCAGCAGAAGUGGCAAUAACUUGAAUGGUGACAAGUCACUUACUCUCUGUACCUGUGGAGACAAGUACUGUUUUAUCCUUCCUCAGUUGUUAACGUGAUCUAGGGGUGAAAACAGGAGUCCUGGAAGGCGGGGCUUAAUGCUGCUCUAACACAGGGUAUCUCAAUCAGCAGCUACGCCAAGCUGAUUCAAAUAGAUAAUUACAGAGGGAGCAUUUGUAGGAUACAAUAAUGAUGUAUCCUUAUAGAUUAGACAUCUGCCUUUCUAAAGUAUAUUGGACUUUUUAAAAUAAAAAAAAUCAUAUCUGUUCUGUUAAAUCGGUAAAUAACUCAUGUAAGAGUGUAUGUAUUGUAUUCUACUGCCACAUAACUCACUUGCUGAUGUAUGUAAUUAUAAUGCCGUUACUAAUGUGCAGUCUCAGAAAAAAAACAUUCCAUUCUGACAGUAAACUUUACAUUCGGAAGCAGAAGAUUCUGCAUUCACCAAGUUUCUAAACAGCACUUAUUGUUUUUCAGCUGGUUGUAGAUUUUGUGCACUGUAACCAUCUAGGAUAUUUGUUAUUCUAUCUUAAACAUAAGGUGCACUGUACACUCUUGUAGUGUUCCUGUAAAUUUAGAACACUUUAAUGCUACCUUAUACCACACUUGAAUUUUUUUUUAAGUCUGUAUUAUGUAUUCACUUACAGUGCAGAUGUGUGUUAAGUAGGGAGGGGAGUACUUUGCCAUAAGGUACUAAUUCAGAUAACAUUUAAUUAGGUAUAACAGCAUUUAACUAAACACGAUACUUGUACU